AUGAAACGGAGGAUGCAGAGUUCACAGUUUCGUGGACUCAAGACCCCCCAUCUGGCAUUCGGUGACGUACGUCUCAAGAAUUGGGGAACUCUGUCUACCACGGUGCUACAGAUAAGAACGCACACUGCUUAUAAGAGGGCAACACGCAAGCUGCGCUUUUCGCCACGGAUACGAGCCUCGAAGCCGACAAGGCGAGCACCAUGUCUCAACUGCAAGAUGCGCUACCUGGUCGAACGGCCUCCGGACUCAAUGGCGGCAUGUGCGCUACGCGAGGCCAUUGCUCUCGCGCGGGAUGGACACGCGUCCUGGGCGGGGGAUCUCGCGCAUGUUUCCCGGCGCCUUGAGUGCGGGGGCGGCGUCGACUUUGGUGCCCUCCUCAGGCUCGACUAUGUGACCGCCCUGCAGGUUACCGUCGCCGAUGCUCGCAACACCCUACUGCAACACGUCAUCGACUCGUCGCCGAAGCUCUCCCUGCUCCGGGGCCGUCUGAGACCACAGCGCGACACAUCGUCCGCCCACCGCACCCUCGCCUUCCGCCAUUACUUGCGCGUGGUGGUGCCUCAGCACAACCAUGCGCUGAUGCGGCUGGUCCUCUCUGACCACCGUCUUGCGUCCGAGCCGGGACGCUGA